AAUUGUGGAUUAGAGAAUUGCGUUGUAAAGGCGCAAAGCAAAUUUGGGGAAAUCCUAAUCCUCUCCUCACAUGCGUGACACCAUCCCCCCCUCCCCCCUAUAUGUUGGAUUCUUAUUUUAUUUUUCUCUCCUUAUCCUCCUAAGCUUACCUUAGUUAGUUCAUGGAUGCUCCAUAAAAUAAUUAUGCAAUUUGCAAUUCCUUCCUCUUUCUUUUUUUCUACUAAAGUACCAAAAAAAGAGAGAGAGAUCAAAUUGUUGGAUUAGAUAGACAGACAGACAGAGUGACAGACGAUUGAAUUUGUCGGCCAUCUUUGAGUUUGUCCCUUCACCUCUCGACGACGUGGUGGCCGUCACCAAUUCUCUAUUUCACACACUCCCUCUCUUCCUCUAAUUCUUUACAUAUAAAACAAAUACGCACACACCCAACUUCAUUCCUUCCCCUGUUAUCAAACGCCGACCCCUCCAGUACUCCAAUUCCAAGUCUUUCUCUUCCACUUUUCCUUCACUCUCCUUCCGGACUUGGUCUCUUCAUAAUCCUUUUCUUUCUUUCUUUCUUUCUUUCUAUAUUAUUCCAUACUAUGGUUGUUCUAUAAUUUGCUCUCAUACACUCAUACCAUGGAAGAGUCCGUAGACACCACUAUUCCGGAGAAGCGCAAGCAAUCGGGGCGACAAGAGAAGCCAUACAGAGGAAUUAGGAUGAGGAAAUGGGGAAAAUGGGUAGCCGAGAUCAGAGAGCCAAACAAGAGGUCUAGGAUUUGGCUUGGUUCUUACACAACCCCUCUCGCCGCUGCUAGAGCCUACGACACCGCAGUCUUCUACUUACGAGGCCCAUCCGCCCGUCUCAACUUUCCGGACCUGAUUUUACAAGACAUGGAUCACCAGCUUCUCGACGUUUCACCUUCUUCAAUUCGAAAAAGAGCGAUUGAGGUCGGUGCCAGAGUGGACGCCGCCGCUCAUCAAACUUCUCUCCGCCAAUCCAAACCCAUCUCCGACAAGCCCGAUUUGAACCAGUUUCCAGACCCAGAAAGCUCUGAUGAAGAUUAAUCGACGAUCACUGUUUCAUAGCCUUUUCCACUUCUGUAUUUACCCCCUGUUUUUUCUUUCCCAUAUCUCCCACUCCGAAAAGAGAUUCAAAUCCUGGGGAUUUUGGAAAUUAAAAUUGGAAUGGACCCAUAUGGUUCCCUUCUUGAUUUGCUAUAUAUCUAAAAAUAUAGCUUCGAAUUUGUAAACAGGGGAGAUGGUAAACCAAAUAUGUUGAUCGAUCCCUACAGUAAUCUAUCUUAAUUUGUUAUCUUUCCUGCA